AUGGGCCCAUCCAAGCGCGAUGGCGAGAAGGGCCCGGAUGGGAGGACUGGUUCUCCGAACUUGAGUCUGCGCCAGAGUGCCCGAUGGCUGAGAAAUCGUUUGUCAAAGAAGAAAGACCCAGCACCGCCCGCUUCCGACCCUCAGUCAACGGCCGUCCUUGCAGGCAGCAGUGGCCAUACCCUAGAAGAGGCCCCCAGCGCCAGGUCAAACCUGUCUGGGGGCAACCCAAGGGUCCACGAUCAAGCUCGGGAAAGCGAAUUUGAUGAUCGCACAAAUGACAGUACCCGAAUCCCGGACGACAGCCCGGCCCACAGCGGUCCGCUCACCUCCAACGAAGAAUUACUCACGACUCAGUCGCUUUGGGAUUGUGCAUACGAAAACCUCAGGAAGGAAGAUGAGCACUUGGUGAAGAGGUAUGAGGAAUUGUUGCUGAAAGAGGUCCAUAAGCAAAGUCCAGUGCAAGAUGACGGCGCAGCCCUCGAUUUCAACGGGACAUCUCGCCAGGCGAUGCUCGAUGCAGUAAUUGACCAGGGUAUGCAACGGAUGGAAGACAAGACAACCAAAUACACCAUCGCCGGCCAUGAGUUUGUUCUGCGAGACCAGGUUUCGGACGCAGCGAAGUUAGUGCUAUCGGGAAAGGACCUCAUCCGCGAGGCCAUGAAGGGUUCACCUGAGGCUUCCAUCGUAUGGUCUGGCGUAUGCCUUAUUCUCCCGCUUCUCACGAACCCCACGACUGCAGAUGAAGCCAACCGCGACGGUUUCGCAUACGUCUCCACCAGGAUGCGGUACUACACUGCCCUCGGACCCCUCCUGGAACGGCUCAGCCAAAGCCCCAAAGUCGCUUCCGCGUUGAGAACUGAGGCGAACAGUCACAUUAUCGACCUUUACCAGCACAUUCUCGAGUUCCAAAUCUCUAGUGUCCUGCGGUUCUACUAUGGUAGCCUUAGACGUUACGGUGAGGACGUCCUUCAACGAAAAGAUUGGAAGCGCAUGAGGCUCGAUAUCGAGAAGCUCGAUGCAACUGUCCAUCAGAAUUUGAUUCAAAUGAAUGAUCUGGUGGAGAGACAAGAGCUCGAGGAUCUGAACAAGAUAUGCAAGGAGCUCAGCAAGACAAGCGAGGAGGAUCUCAAAAUGAUGCAAGAGCUCCUGUCCAUUUCUGAACAGCAAUUACACGUUGCAAAGGAUCAGAGGGGCAUUGCACAGAAACAGGUCGACUUGCAGGAAGACGAGGCAAAGGCUCGUUCAGCCAAGGAGAGAACGCAAUGCCGUCAAGCAUUUCGCAUCACGGACAGUAAAAAGGACGCCACAUACGAGUGGUAUAAGGACCGCAUCGAAGACCGAGUCGAGGGUACUUGCCAAUGGUUCCUUGAGCAUGAAAACUUCCAAAGGUGGCUAUCCAAAGACUCGGGGCCAUUGCUCGUCUCAGCCGACCCCGGGUGUGGAAAAUCGGUCUUGGCCAAGUAUCUGAUCAACAAUGUCUUGCCGCUGCCAGGUGUGACCGUCUGCUACUUCUUCUUCAAAGACCAGGAUCAAAACACGGUCCGACAGGCGCUUUGCGCUCUACUUCACCAGCUUUUCUCCCAGAAACAACCGUUAAUCAAGCACGCCCUCGAAUUCUGGAGGAAGGACGGUGCUGGCUUGGUUCAUUCUACCAGUUCCCUCUGGAACAUCUUUACAAAUGCCGUGAAAGAUCCCCUGGCUGGGUCUGUGAUCAUGGUCCUGGACGCCCUGGACGAGUGUGCGGACGUGGAGUUGGAUAACCUGGCGCAAAACCUGGAAAGACAGUUCUGCGACGGGGAGACAAGCUAUAAGAACCUCAGGUAUCUCCUCACGAGUCGGCCAUACGAGCAAAUCAUAUCCAGCCUGCAAGCUUUGUCGCGCACUUUCCCGCAUGUUCGAAUCCCAGGCGAGGGCGAAAAAGAAUCCAACACGAUUAGCCAAGAAGUCAACCUUGUUGUUAAGCACCGAGUUGACCGGAUGGGAUUUCCAACUCACGUCAAAAGUGCACUCGAAAGAAAGCUGCUCGAGGUUCCUCAUCGCACCUACCUCUGGGUAUAUCUUGUAUUCGACUACCUGAAGCGAGGAACCUUCAAGAAAACAGGAGCGGCGCUUGAAAAAGCAAUCGCAACACUUCCGAGGAAUGUCAAUGAUGCGUACGAGCAGAUUCUGCGCAAAUCUACCAACCCAACUCUGGCCCGCAAGGCUCUCUGCAUGGUCUUGGCUGCGAAGCGGCCGCUGUCAGUAUCCGAGAUGAAUAUUGCUGUGAACACAAACGAGGAAACGAGGUGGUUGGAUGACCUUGACCUGGAGGAAGAAAGCGACUUCCAGACAACCCUCCGGAACUGGUGUGGGCUGUUCGUUGCCAUCCACCAUGGCAAGGUCUAUUUCCUUCAUCAAACCGCUCGCGAGUUUUUGCUCUCGAACCCCGCGCUGCAACUACCUGAGCCGGCCUCGAUGCCAUCGAACUAUCAUUGGAAAGGCUCAAUCACCAGCCCUGCUGCGCAAAAGGUUCUUGCCGAAGCCUGCAUCAGGUACCUCGGAUUCUACGGUAUCGGUGCCGGAGAGCGCCCCGCUAGCCAGAGCAAUGAUAGCAUGAGCACCGCCACACGCGAGAGCGCCAACGAUAGCAUUGGCACCCGGGAGAGCGACGGCGACGGCGCGAGCAUUGGAGAGAGUUCCGGCUAUCGCGACGCGACGUAUGAUUUCCUGCAAUACUCAGCGUUGCAUUGGGAUACUCACUUUGAAGAAGCUUGCUUCGGAACGGAUGCAGCAGCCGUGACGGCAUUGGUCGUAAAAGUCUGCGAUCCCCGCUUGCCGAGCUGCUCGACGUGGUGGGAAAUACUCCGCGACUCGGACUCGAUUCUCCCCAGGCACCCCGGUUCUCCCCUCGUAGUAGCCACUAUAUUAGGGCUUGAUGUCAUUGUCGAGGCGAUGCUUGCAGGGGGCGUCGAUGCAGAGGCGAAGGACAAAGAUGAAGAGUAUGGGAUGACGCCACUGUCGUGGGCCGCCUUGAGUGGCCAUGUGACCGUAGCUGAGAUGCUAGUUGCUCAUGGCGUUCACGUGGAUGCAAAUGGCGGGUUUUGGAACCGCACGCCGCUAUCUUAUGCCGCCGAGAGCGGCGACAAGGACAUAGUCAACCUCCUACUUUCUCACGGUGCUGAAGUGGAUAGCAACGAUCAGCGUGGCCCGACGCCACUGUUGCGGGCCGCUAUGGAGGGCCACGAUGAUGUAGUUGGGUUACUUCUGGCCCACGGUGCUGAUGUGGAGCGGAAAGAUGCAGAAUAUGACCAGACACCUCUGAUAUGGGCCGCUGAAAGCGGCCAUGGCGGUGUGGUUAAGCUACUGCUCGCUCACGGUGUUGACACGGAGGCGAAAGAUAAAGACUUUGGUCGGACGCCGUUAUCGUGGGCCAUUGAGAAUGGCUGUAGAGGUGUGGCUACUCUACUCCUUGCCAAUGGCGUCGACGUGGAAGCUAUGGACGAGGACAGCCGGACAAUUCUAUCAAGGGCCGUUACAAGUCGUGAUGGAAGUGGCAUGACCAAAUUGCUGCUUUCCUAUGGCGUUGACGUGGAAGCGAAGGAUAAGGACGGCCGGACGCCAUUAUCCUGGGCUGUUACGACAAGAAAUGAAGAGAUAGUUGGGCUACUGCUCGAUCAUGGCGUCAAAUUGGAGGCGGCGGACAAAAACGGCCGGACGCCAUUAUCCUGGGCCGCAAGGAAAAGCACGUCACUAUUCAGUCGAUUCUGGGCCGCAAGGGAGGGCGCGCCACCAUCCUGGGCCGGAAGGAAAAGCGGCCCGGGAGUGGUUGGGCUACUACUCAGCCAUGGUGUUGAUGUAGAGGCUAUUGACAAAGACGGCCAGUCGCCGCUACUAUGGGCGAUUAGGGAAGGUGACGAGAAUGCAGUGGCGAUGCUGCUGGAUCAUGGUGCUAAUGGGGAGGUGAAGGACAAGGAUGGCUUGACUCCACUAUUGUGGGCUGUUAGGAACAGUGAUGAGGAAGUAACUAAGAUACUACUACUUCAUGGCGUUGAAGUGGAGGUGAAGGACAAUAACGACCGGACGCCACUCUCCUGGGCCCUUGAGAACGGAGACAGGGGCAUAGUUAGGAUGUUGCUUGCUUACGGCGCUGAUCGAGGGCCACUAUCAGAUGCCUCUGAGUCGGAUGUUGGAGCUGAGUCUCGUGUGGGCUCGACCGAGUCUAAUGUGGACUCUUCCAUCCCUGACAGCCCAAGAGAACGGGUGGGGGUGCCCGAGGGCGCAGAAUGGUACCGGUGGGGCGACAAAAUGGAAUAG